GAAUUAAAAAGUUUUAGGUUAUAAAAGUUUACAAAAUAAAAUUGAAUGCUUUGAACUCUGAGCGUUAAUUUUAAGUUCAACUCACUAUUUUCGCGACAGCACAAAAUAUCCUGUGAGCGGUGCUACAUAUUAUACCACCAUUAAACGUAAAAUGGAAAUGAACAAUUCAUUUUUUGCCGGCAUAGGAAUUGGUAUUUGCAUAGGUAUUUCAAUUUAUUCGAUAAAGAAAUAUCUUGGAAUGGCUUCUGAAACAACCAAAGCUAUUAAAAAGUUCACUUCUAAGUCUGAAUAUAAGGUUGUAUUGGUCGUGAGAACUGAUUUGAAUAUGAGCAAGGGCAAAAUUGCAGCACAAUGUGGUCAUGCAGCGGUUGGUGUUUUUGAAAAAGCUUUGAAGAGAGAUCCAGAGGGCUUGAAGUCUUGGCAGAUGACUGGCCAGGCAAAAAUAGCUUUGAAAACAGAUUCUGUAGAUGAAAUUCGUCAAAUAGCAGAUAAUGCUAAAAAGAUGGGGAUCAUAACAUCUCUAAUCCGUGAUGCUGGAAGAACACAAAUUGCUCCUAACUCUAUAACAGUACUUGGUGUUGGUCCCGCCCCAAAAGAUAUUGUUGAUAAAGUGACCGGACAUUUAAAGUUACUAUAAAAUAUAUUGUAAUAAUAUUUUA